AUGGAGGCUGAGAGCGGUGGUGGGUCUGUGCCGACGGAUAUGGCAUUUGUGGACUUUGUUGCAUCGUUGCUGAGUGUAGACAGUGAACUGCUCAAUCAAAAGCUCACAUCACGGGUCAUGAAGAGCGGAAUGGGCAGCAAAGGCAGUGUGUACGAUGUCCCUUUCUCUCCGAUUCAG